GUCGGUCUAGCAACAAGUGUUUCUAUUUUCUGAAAAUUGAAACUGAUAAUGAGACCGAGAAUAUGGAAUCCUAUUCACUAAUUUUCCUGUCGAUGUUAGUGUACUGUUCGCUCAUUCUGAAUCAUCAGGUAAUUUCAGUGUCAGCCCGCCGGAAUGACAAGCUGUGGUCGAAACCUUUCGACCUCUUCUCGAGUGCGACGAAAUUCCGCAAGCCGGAAAUCGAACCGAAAAAAGACUUUGCCUUAAUGGCAUUUCAUCCUGACGAUUUGAAAAAUAUCGAACAGCCAGUUAGACCUCAGCAAUACUGGGAAGAUCGGAGCUCAGAGCCCAACCGAUUCCAACCUCCGAAGUUCUUCGACAAGCCUUUUCUUGGUGUCAAACUCACGACGCCAAGAACGAAUCCCUCAACGAAAAAAAUUAACAAAUCACCUGACACGUCAAAUGAAAUUCACGUUCAGAUUGAUGACGUGGCUGAUUUGACCAACAUUUUAGGAAAUUCGCAACAUUACGAGAACAUUGUCCUUUCCAUCGACCAGUCGGAUUCAAAAUCAGGUAACGCCCCCGAGAAAGACGAAUCUCCGAAACCUUUUUGGGGUCCUCCUAUUGGAACCCCACCUACACCCAGGCCAGCACAUUACCACAAAGCAACGUCGGUUUCCAUCGAAAAGAAAGAAGAAAUUCCUGUCCGUCUACCUAAUAACGCCGUCAACACACGUCAAAGUAUCACGCCAGAAUAUAGACCUCAGUCUUAUCAUCAGCCCAACAGCCGGCUUACGACACCUGAACGGCUCCAGGAGAACCUUGUCCACAUGCAAUCCGGGCCACCGUAUUACGAGAAAGUGCGAGAAAAUGAUCCGUUCGAUCAAAGUUUCUGGCAUCGAGUUCCAGUCACGGAACCGACAGUCUUCCCUAAUCCGAUUUCUCCGCAAUCGUAUUUUCACCAAAAACAGUUGGAAGAUGAAAUUGCAAACACCAAGGCACAGCUUUACUCCGGCGGAGCCCCGAAUCCCAUCAUUAUUCACAAGGAAAUCGAUUCUGUGGCAUUGCCCUCGUAUCCAUCGCCCUAUUACCCGCCUUCACCCCCAGAACAUCACGUUGUGUAUCACCAUCCCGCUCCUGCACAACAUACUUACCAUCACGCACCGUCUGGGUUUGCUCAAGUGGAUUUCAGCCCGAUUUUUUUGGCCAUCGUCCCGAUCGCAUUGUUCUUGGGUGCAGCCGCGGCUUUUGCUUUAGCGACGGCCACCACUUCCAGCUCUGCAGCUGCGGUUGCCCAGCAACAGCAACAGCAAGAAGAGAGCAGCAACAGCAAUAACGCGGCUAACAACAACAACGCCAAUAACAACAACGCUCUUCUGGCUGCUUUGUUUGCUGCUUUACAGAGCAAACACGAUGAUCAUAAAGACAAGCAUAAGAUUAUCAUCAUUACUACUACGACGGAAGCCACCACUACCAUGCCACCACCAACAAUGCGAUCGCUAGACCCUGUGAAGUUACCUUUAAAAAUUCAGACUCCGACAUUACCGCCGGAUAAACCUCUUUCGGAAGAAGAUGAUACUGGCGAAGGAUUUGAUCAGCCUGGUGGUGGAACUGUUAUCGAACCUCUGCUUCUCGAAGAGGAAGAGCCAGAAAUAUUGACAUAUGACUUAUGAUUAUGUCCUUCAACAACCACCGUUUAAACAUUUAUAAAUGUCCGCAUCACUGGAGAGGCUUCAGCUGCAAAUCUAAUUUAUGUAUUACAAGGGCUUUUUUUCGUUGCUGGUGCAUUUCAUCGCAUGCUGUGCUGUAUUGGGGGAUAAUAUGCAUAACUAACUGUACAGGGGGAGUUUCCUUUCUUUUCAAUUUUCAUUGUCAAUAUUAUACUUGUACUUGUAAGACGCACCGCUGUGCGUAAAAACUUGUACAGUUUUCUCUCACGAGCAUCCUGCUGCUUCUGCUAUACACACACGGCUCGUAAACCAUUGA